UUUCUGUUUCUGAGUCAGUGGGGGAAGCAUCGGCACAGUCAACCUCUCUAGCAUCUACGAAGUUGAAUGAGCGUCCUGUGAGAACACACAAGCAAAGCUUCUCCUGGAAUAAGUCAUCUGACAUCUGAUCCUUUCGAUUGUCUGUCCUGUUCCUGCUGCCCUAGAAACCAUGCAAGGACUCGAACAGACCACCAUGGCAGUGGUUCCUGAAGGGGCUCAGCCCUCGGAGAAUUCUGUUAUGAAAUCACAGAUGUGGAACGAAAACAAAGAGAAAUUCAUGAAGGGGGAACCCAAAGUCCUCGGGGUUGUUCAAAUUAUGAUUGCUCUCAUAAACUUCAGCUUAGGAAUAAUAGUUAUGAAAAAUAUGUUUUCUGAAGAACACAUUUCAGUGAUGUUAAUGGCCCCAAUUUGGGGACCAAUAAUGUUCAUUAUCUCAGGAUCUCUGUCAAUUGCAGCAGAAGUGAAAACAACAAAAAGCCUGAUCAUCAGCAGUCUAAUUCUGAACACUAUCAGCUCUGUGUUGGCUGCAGCUGCAAGCAUAAUGGGUGUUAUUGGUUUGGUUGUGGGUGCAUACUUUAGAAGUUAUCCACUCACCAGGGGUUUUGAGGUUUUGAUGCUAAUUUUAAAUCUGCUAGAAUUCUGCAUUGCUGUGUCUGUAUCUGCAUUUGGAUGUAAAGUUUCCUGUUGUAACUCCAGUGAGGUUCUUGUAGUGCUACCAUCAAAUCCUGCUGUGACAGUGAUGGCACCUCCCACGACACUUCAACCAUUGCUACCAUCAGAACACCAGGGGAAAAAUGUUCCAGAAAAUGUAUACCAGAACCACACAGAAGAAAUAGUCUAAUUUUCAUGUUUA